AUGUCAACUGCAGACUCCCUUUCCCUCGCUGGCAAGACAGCCAUCGUCACUGGUUCCGGCAAGGAGAACGGCAUCGGAGCCGCAAUCGCCCUUGCUCUCGCCCGGAAUGGUGCUCGCGUUGUUAUCAAUUACGUUUCAGAAGCUACUACUCCUCGAGCUGCAAAAGUUGUAGAGAGUAUUGAACAAGUUGCCGGCAAGGGCAGCGUUAUAGUCGUUCAGCAGGAUGUAACUACUCCCGAGGGAACGAAGAAACUAGUCGAUGAAGCUAUCAAGGGAUUUGGGGUUGAGCGUAUCGAUAUCCUCGUUAACAAUGCUGCAUGGGCUUCGCAAGAGCCUGUCUUGACUGCGAGCCGCGAAAAUGUUGAACGGACAUUUAAUACUUGUGUUUUAGGGCCAUUCUAUCUCAUUCAAGCUACAGUUCCAUACAUGCCACAAGGUGGAAGGAUCAUCAACGUUGGCAGCGUAGCUUCAAAGCUUGGAAUCGAGCCCGUUUACGGAGCUGCAAAGGCAGCCAUGGACGCUCUGACGUACAGUCUCGCAAGAGAUGUAAACGGCAAACGCAUCACCAUCAACACCGUGAUGCCCGGCCCUGUGCUCACAGACUCACUGCCGCCAACCCCCGAGGUUGAGGUGCUGAAGGAGCGACUACUCCACCUGACACGGGCGGAGAGGCGAUUUGGAAACGUUGAGGAUAUCGCAGACUCGGUGUUGCUUCUUGUAAAUGAGAAGAGCCGAUGGAUUACGGGAGAGUGCAUCUCCGUUAGUGGCGGCAUCACAGGCAAUUAG